AUGGAUGAGAUUGAUGAAUUCUUUAUGGACAAGGGAAAUAAUGACAAAAUUCGCAAUGAUGACAUCAGCAACAAUAAUGGGAAUAUAAACUUCAUAGAACGCAUAGAAGAAUCCAAGCCAAUGUCAUCAACUUCUCAGUAUCUGUGGAUCCUCCGUAGCGGUACAAAUGUUGGAGAUAAAUUGACAAGUUAUGUCAAGACAAUUCCUGAAACCCAAAAAUGUUUGAAUCUUGCAUAUUGGAAUAUACUUGAUUUGACUGAGAAUACCCAAAUUAAAUCUCUUUUCUCGACAAAUGACUGGGAGGAAAUGGUUGAAAGUUUCAAUAAUGAAGUUAAAUUGAUUGAAUCAGAUUUUCUUGAUGUGGUAGAGUAUUUUUUCGAUGAAGUUGAAAAAAUUACAAAAAAAGAUAAUAAAGAUAUCAUCAAUGCGAUUGAUAGAUUAACCCCAGAAAUUAUUGAAAUGAAUCGAAAAGUAGAGCUUAGUGAUGAGGAAAAGAACGUUAUUUCCAUUUUAAGACAGGCUGUUGUUAUGUAUGCUGAAAAUCUGGAAAGGGUUGAUCUUCCUGUUUCCGAAGCUGACUUUGACAAUGCAUUUCCCAACAUGCUUGCAAAAAGAUUCUUAAAUAGGGAGGAACUAAAGAUGGAUGUUGGGGAAAUUGCAUGUUGGGUAUCAGCUUGUCGCCGAAAUGAAGGUCAUUCCAUUGUUCUCAGAGCUCGCAUUGGACAAAAGUGUGAUUUUCGAGGAACUUUGAAAAAGAGUAUUAACAGGCUUGAGGCUCUCAUAGGUCUCAGAAGUGGUGGAUUACCAGAGCCUCAUCAAAAAAAGAUUUACGAAGACAAAGUUGAUCUAA